UCAAUGCGGAUUUGACUUGGCUACUAGUCUUGGUCUCUUAGAAGCUCCCCACCCACAAAAGUCUAACUCGGGACCCACUCCGCAGUAUAAUACAGAAACAAAGCCAGUUGAGGUCCGGUUCGGUCCGAUCUGCUGGCUUCCAUCACUGGGUCUAGGGUUCCUUUCCCAUUUUCUACUACAAGACCAUCACAAUUCUCUUCUUCACUUCUUCUUCUUCUUCUUCCUGCGUGGAUCUGUCAUCUCUGUGCGAUAGACUGAUUCCUCUCAAUUGUGGUUGCCAUGGCUGGGUCGAAGCCAUGGCUGUAUCCUGCUCCCACUUAUCGGACCUUGGAGAGCUACUGGGACACCGACGACGACGCGCCCGGCCCCCGCUGCGGUCACACUCUCACCGCCAUCGCCCCCACCAAAACGCACGGCCCCCGCCUUAUCCUCUUCGGCGGUGCCACUGCAAUCGAGGGCGGCGCCUCCUCCUCUGCCCCCGGCAUCCGUCUGGCUGGAGUGACGAAUUCGGUUCACUCGUAUGACGUUCUCACCCGGAAGUGGACCAGACUUCGACCUGCUGGAGAGCCACCGUCUGUUAGGGCUGCACAUGCUGCUGCUGCAGUUGGCACGAUGGUCGUUUUUCAGGGUGGCAUAGGUCCUGCUGGGCAUUCCACUGAUGAUCUCUACGUGCUUGACUUGACCAAUGACAAGUACAAGUGGCACAGAGUGGUUGUCCAAGGACAAGGUCCUGGGCCUCGUUAUGGACACGUAAUUGACUUGGUCGCUCAAAGAUAUCUUGUCACUGUCAGUGGAAAUGAUGGAAAACGAGUUCUAUCAGAUGCUUGGGCUUUGGACACUGCUCAGAAACCAUAUGCAUGGCAGAGGCUCAACCCAGAAGGUGAUAGACCUUCUGCUAGAAUGUAUGCAACGGCUAGUGCCCGCUCAGAUGGCAUGUUUUUGCUUUGUGGUGGAAGGGAUUCGUCUGGUGCGCCACUUGCUGAUGCCUAUGGGCUGCUUAUGCAUAGGAAUGGCCAGUGGGAGUGGACCCUUGCACCAGGGGUGUCUCCAUCACCAAGGUACCAACAUGCUGCGGUUUUUGUUGGUGCUCGGUUGCAUGUUACAGGAGGUGCUCUCAGGGGAGGUCGGGCAAUAGAAGGUGAAGCAGCUGUAGCAGUAUUGGACACUGCUGCUGGAGUUUGGCUAGACAGAAAUGGGCUUGUUACUUCCCCACGCACUAACAAGGGGCACACUGAAUACGAUCCUUCUCUGGAGCUUAUGCGUCGUUGUCGACAUGCAGCAGCUUCUGUUGGAGUUCGUAUUUAUAUUUAUGGUGGUCUUAAAGGAGACAUGCUGCUAGACGAUUUCCUGAUUGCAGAAAAUUCAGCAUUUCAGUCUGAUAUUAAUUCUCCUAUAUUAACUUCUGAUAGAGCCGCAACCAUCACAAGCCCCAAACUUAAUCAAUCUAAUGCAAAUCUAUAUGGAACAACACCAACUCCAGAUGGCAGACUUGAGGUUCCCUCAUCUGGAGCCACAAGCAUGGACAAAAGUUCCAUGGAGAAAUUGGCAGAGGCUUCUGCUGCUGAAGCAGAGGCAGUAAGCGCUGUAUGGCAAGCAAUGCAGGCAGCAUCUGCUGUUCCUUCUGAUGAAACAUCAGUAUCUGAUGACAACUCACAAGCUGCUGAAACCACUUCAGAUGGUAGUGACACUGAGGCUGAUGUUCGCCUCCACCCUAGAGCUGUUGUAGUUGCUAAGGAGGCUGUUGGGAAUCUGGGUGGGAUGGUAAGGCAAUUGUCCUUGGAUCAGUUUGAAAAUGAGAGCAGGCGAAUGGUUCCCAUGAAUAACGACUUGUCAUAUCCUACAAGAAAGUUCACCAGGCAGAAAUCUCCUCAGGGCUUGCAUAAAAAGAUUAUUUCUACAUUGCUCAGGCCUCGGAACUGGAAAGCUCCUGCAAAUAGGAGGUUUUUCCUUGAUUCUUAUGAAGUGGGAGAGCUUUGUUAUGCUGCCGAACAGAUAUUUAUGCAUGAGCCAACAGUUCUCCAGUUGAAAGCUCCUAUUAAAGUAUUUGGUGAUCUUCAUGGACAAUUUGGUGAUUUGAUGCGUCUAUUUGAUGAGUAUGGAUUUCCAUCCACUGCAGGAGACAUAACGUAUAUUGACUAUUUGUUUUUGGGAGAUUAUGUUGAUCGAGGACAGCACAGCUUGGAGACUAUAACUUUGCUUCUUGCUCUUAAGAUUGAGUAUCCUGAGAAUGUUCACUUGAUACGUGGAAACCAUGAGGCUGCUGACAUAAAUGCACUUUUUGGUUUUCGUCUUGAAUGCAUUGAGAGAAUGGGAGAGAGUGAUGGGAUAUGGGCAUGGACACGGUUCAAUCAACUUUUCAACUUUCUUCCACUUGCUGCACUUAUUGAGAAGAAGAUUAUCUGUAUGCAUGGUGGGAUAGGGAGGUCUAUAAGUUCUGUAGAACAGAUAGAAAAGCUUGAAAGGCCUAUAACGAUGGAUGCUGGGUCUAUAAUUUUAAUGGACCUUCUAUGGUCUGAUCCUACAGAAAAUGAUAGCAUAGAGGGUUUGAGACCAAAUGCUAGAGGACCUGGUCUUGUCACUUUUGGGCCUGACCGAGUCACAGACUUCUGUAAGAAAAACAAAUUGCAGCUCAUUAUAAGAGCUCACGAAUGCGUUAUGGAUGGGUUUGAACGGUUUGCUCAGGGACAGUUGAUUACACUUUUUUCUGCAACUAAUUAUUGUGGGACGGCAAACAAUGCUGGAGCGAUACUGGUUGUUGGCAGGGGGCUGGUUGUGGUUCCAAAACUGAUUCAUCCCUUGCCACCUCCCCUCCAAUCACCUGAGACAUCUCCCGAGCGUACAGUAGAUGACACAUGGAUGCAGGAGCUUAACAUUCAAAGACCACCAACUCCUACUCGAGGCCGCCCACAACCUGACCUUGACCGCAACUCACUUGCAUAUAUAUGAUGCGACCUAAUUAAUGUGUGUAUUUUACAAAGUUUCAACAUGGGAAUCCCCUGUUUCUUCACAAGCUUGAUCCUUGUCCAGUUCAAGAUCAAUCAUAAAAUCUGCUGCAAGACGCAAUAUAGAGCACCUGUGUUUGUAUCUUCAGAUAUACAAUUUUCAGAAGACUAAAGCCUUUUACUAGUGUACACAGUUUGAGAUGGUAUAAGCUGGUAGCCAAAGCAGAGUGUGAUCGAUCAUCCUUGCAGAAUUUGCUUUGUAACAUUUGUAUAAUUAGCCGGUGGAAGAGAUUGCGGGGAAGCAUCUCCAGCAACACAGUAAACUUAUAAUGAGGGAAAUCGAUCACUUAGGGUUUUGUAUUAUAAUAUUGAUUAUAAUUGAAUUACAUUUUAUUGAUUUAUGAAAUUUAUUUUUGAUUUUGUGAAAGGCUUGAUUGUGAAUUAUGGAACUUUGAGAUCCACACCGACCUGGAUUUUGAAGUCUGGUGAUCUUUUCAUUAUUUAUGGUAAAGAGAUUGGAGUUUUUGAUU